AUGCUUGGGACACUGCUGAGGUUUUUUCUUGGCGAGGACACGACGGCCACGGGCGCCGGUACGAACUCGGAUGUUGGUUACUUGGUGAGGCUGCAGGAGGCGCAGCGUGCGGGGCUGCGGCGGGUGAACGAGAAGGUGGGUCGCGGCGCAAAGAACAGUCUCGUGGCCCCGUACCUGCCGAAGGAUGAGCUGACGGAGGCGAUGGGGGCGGCGGUGCGCUGCAGCGUCGAGGUGCGCCUCCGAAGUGACAGCUGCACGAGUUGUGACGUGGUGGUACUUGAGCGUAUGGCGCACCUCCUCGGCCACUUGAGUACGCCGUUACCGGCUGUGGCCAUGAGCCCCAGCCGUCUUCCACCAGCUUAUUUACGUCUCCUGAAACCGGCUGAUGCCGCGUACGAAGAGGAACGCUUCCCUGUGGACUGGUUUGGCCUUGUCUACACGGCAGUGUUUCGCACAUGCAGCUGCCCUUUAGUGGCAGGGACGCAGCAGUUUUUGCUUUCAGCUUUGUCCCUCACGUUGAUUUGUCCCCUGGCAGCCCCCACAAGCCGUAGGGAGUCUCUGCUACGGGAGGUUCAGAAUAUCGUCCUCGCCGCAGCGCGAGAAAAGCGUGGGGCCCACAGUGAUGCUGCUGCCUCUACCACUGGCGCACAGCUUGCGGUGCAGUCGGCGUUGCAGGUAGAACACGUCUCUGCCACGACGCUCAGCGCCAUCAUUGAGUCUAUGGCUCGGGAGGAAUCCCGCGGCCAUUUUACGCGUGGUGCCGCUGAACUGCUGUGCCGCAUGAUGGCCGGGACGUGUACCGGGCAACAAGAGGAACCGGUGGUGCCGUUUGCUCUCUCCUGUCGCGCCAUGGAAUACUUUUUUCCUACUCGCAGCAAAUCCGUCACCCGCGGUGACGCUGCGGACAGUAGUAUUGCUAUGCACAUCCUUUUGCCGGCUCUGCAAUCCAUCCUGGCGAAAGGUGGCAGCAGCAGCAGCCACACCAAUAAAAGGAAGAACAACAGCAACACGACUGCAUAUGACGCUGGUGGCGCGUCUUCCGCGGUGACCUCCGCGGCUGCGGAUUUCUUGCAGGCUGCAUGUCUGCGCGGAGAAAUUGGGAUGCCGUCGGACGGUUGCGACGAUGCCUUUUUGCAGCUUUGUCUGUCGCUAAUCCAACAUCCGUUCCUUCGUGUUGUUGGCGGGCGGGUCCGUCCUGUGUAUCGUUACGCCCUUACCGCCUUUGCCAACGCGCUGAGCCGCGGGCUUGAGGGACAUCAGUCGAGUGCUGUACUCUUUAUCCCGCAAGGAGGGAAAGGCAGAUCUGCGUCGACGUCGAAGGCGUCUUUAACUGGCGGGAAUGCUGCAGCCAACAGCGAGAAGUAUUUGCACCACGUCGCAACGGCAGUUUCUGACGCCUUAUUGAGCGACACCGCCUCGCUGAACCGCCUCGGUGGGGACGCGACACUUCUCCUCUCCGGCACGCUUGGCGGCUAUCACCGCCUCUUCCUACCGUGGGUCUCGCGGCUCCUCCAGCAGCCCUCGCCGGAUCUGUCUGUUGUGGUGGAGGUGAUGGAGGCACUUGCGGCACCGGCGACAGAGAUGGCGGGUGCAUGGGAGCCACCGUCGUGGUGUGCGUUGCACAGCCCCUUGUCCUUUGCAGAUGCGCAGCGUCUAUUGGAGUUGUGCGGUAAAGUCUGUGACACCUCUCAGGGCGAGGCGGAGAGGCGGUGGUGUCCGCGAGAGAAGCAUGCUCUUCUGGCACUGCGGCUGCUUUGCAGCAUUAUAACUGUUUCCCCUUCAGUUCGCUUUGACAACGAUGACGGCGACGACGUUUCCCCGUCGCUGUUUGCGCUCAUUGAUGGCUUGCUGGAGGCCUUCCCUCUGAGCGGUUUGCUCUCGCUCCUGGCAGAGGCAGACGUCGUGGAUCAGCCUCAGUUCCGCCACUGGGCGUUUCUUUACAUUCGCCGUCUGGUGGACCUUUGCGUGUCCUCACCGCAGGCGUUGAAUGAGGGGCAGCCGCACGGUGCCGCCCGCAUGAGUAGAACCCUUGUCAAGCAGUGCGUUACGCUGAUGGCCAUCCUGCUCGUCCCUGAAGGCGGGGAGGCGGAGGAGGCGACGGCGACGGCGUUGUCCCGCCAUCGCGUUGACACCAUCGCCGAGCUGCUGCGCAUUGUCUCGCCUCUGUUUGUGCCGGCCCCGACGCCUGGGGCAGGGACGGCGGGGUCGCGCGUCGCUGGACGCACUGCGCUGCACAUCCCCGUGGUGGCGCUUCUCAUCCGCCUGGAGGCAGUCGACUUUGCCUCUGCCCACCACCACUACGAGAGUGCGACUGAAGUUUGCAGCAGUUUGCUUAUGAGCCUCGACGUGCACACGCAGCUCAGCUGCCUCACACAAAUGAUGCAUCUUCUUAUUGACCCACACCGGCAGCUUUCCGUUGCGGCGACGCCGCAACUCGUGGAGGAGGCGGAAGAGGACGCUGUCGUCAAACUGUUCCGCAAGCUGGUGAAACCGAACCAAGUCGUCAACAGGCAGGAGACAAUUUUGAAUCUCAUCAACAUCACCGUGAAGUCUGGGGCCUUUCUGGGCGGCUUCCUCGAACUGCAGCACCACCAACACACCUCACGCCGUUUGCAUGCGAAGCCGGACAACAGCAACAACGACGAUGAACCAGAGGCGGAGGAGCAGGAAGUUGAGGCAGGGACGCGUACCAACGAUGAGUGUAUGGGGAUGUUAGUUGCUGCCCUGGAGCUCUUUGCGCACUACGCGGAGCUUAACGCCGCCACCGCGAAUGAUGCGGCGACGCCCGUGUCGGUGAAGAAACAGGAGAAGAUGUAUGAAGAGUUGCAUAUGUACGGGGAAAACAAGGCCUUUACAAUGUUGUUGGAGCUUCUUGCCGGUAACACGCUGGCGUGUGUCCUUGCAGGCAUCAAUGAGCCCACCUUUGUGGCGUGCCUUAAGCGACUGCUGACUGACCCACGUACAGCGCUGCGGCAGAAGGGGCUGGAGGUGUUGUUGGACCGCCUGCAUCACGCCUUGCCAACGGUGGAGAACACACUUAGUGAGGCAGAACUGGAGGAGCACCGGAAACGGUUGCGUGACCCGAAGCGUAAACUUACCUUGAUGGAUCUUGUCCGCGUGAAGGCCCGUCCACUAGCAACAAAGCGAUCGUUUGCGCUUUUUUCACACCUUUCGUCACUGAUGCACGCUUCUGUGCAGUGUGCCACAACACAGUCCACUGAAGUAGAUCUCGUGCAGCUGCUUCCCCCCACUGUGGGUUGCAUGGAGGAGCUCGUGCGCAUUAUCGGUAGUGGUGGAAGCCUGCAGGCAGAGAAGACGCUGCUGAAUGUGCACCGCGCGAACCGUGUGACGGAGGCCGUACUGUCGAAGCUGUUUGGAAACAAGGCCCGUGUGCAGCAGGUGCAUCGCUGGGUGGAGGACAUUCUCACCGCAUUGCCGCUUCUUCUUUCCCACACUGGAGCUGCUGAGGGUUCCGCUGAGAUAAGCGUAACAGCCGGCGGAGGGGCAUUGGCUGUCUCGAGGGAUGAGAAUGCGCUGCUUGCCGCCGCCGGACUCUUGACGGCGCUUGGCACGGUGUGUCAGGUGAUGGGCACCGCCUUUACCACGCCGCACAGCAACGCUAUUCUUCAGGCGGUGGUAGAGGCGUCCGUGUUUGCCAUGGCGCAGCUCGCCCCGGUUGUUUCCCGCGGUGAACCGGGGUCCCUUCUACGCCAGGCAUCGCUUGGAUGCUUGCUGCGCGUCUUUCCGUCGUGCUGGCUUAUGUGUCAGCCAUAUCUUCCGCGCAUCAUGUUUGCGGCGACGCACCUGCACAACGUCGAUGACGCGGAGACGAAUUACCGUAGCGAGGAAAUACUGGCAAUGCUGGAGGCGGUGCUGGAGCCACACCUGUUUAUCGAGGCCUGCACCGAGUGCCUGCGUGGCGUGGCAUGGGGCACAGAGGAGGUCUCACGGAGGAGACCCCUGCGGGUGCGUGUUGACUCUCACUCUUUUGCCUUGUUGUACACCAGUGUGCGGCGGCGUGUGGAGGGCCUCAAGCGUGAGGAGCUCAUGCACCUCAGCGUGCUUGUCGAGGGAGCGACGACCAAGGACAAUUUUUGGCUAGCUUCCCUUCACGCACUGGCCGCUGCGCCAGCCCUGCCGUCACGGGACAUUGUGCAGCCCGUUCUGGAGGCCUACCUCGUGUUCUUUCUCAAGUUUAAGGCAAAACAGUGCGUGCGGUACCUCUCAACCGUGGCGGAGUGGGCCUUUGGCGGUGCCGCGGAAGCUUUCCUUAGGCGUAUGGAGCAACAGCAGCGGGGUGACGGUGCGAUGGAGGCUGACGAGACGCAUGCGCGGGAUGACGCAGCGUUGGUGCCCCGCAUGACUGCUCACGGCUGGGUACUCUUUUACGCGCUCUGCAACCACCUACUGGAGAAGCUGGGGUCCAUCAUGGACUUUGGCUUCCCUGUGCUGCUACCGUACGUUGUUGGGACUCUUACAGGGUACUGCUCCGCCACGAAACAUGCCAUGAGGCACGCGGCAGGUCUCAUUGCACUGACACUAGAAGGUGCGCUCGACAGCGUUCGUCGCAUGGCGCUGGCGCAGACGGCUGGACCCGACCACGACCACAGCGUGCCCAUCGACAACUACCUGGAGACACCGGAGGUGUUUGCCUCCGUCAUGCCGGCGGUGGUGCGGCAGUUGUCAAACCUGUCGUACCUGGCGGACGCCACGCACGACUACGCGUUUCGCGCGGAACACCACGUGAUCCCGGCCGUGCGGGCCCUCUUUCAGUCCCUCACCUCGUCCAAGCUGCAGAGUCGGACUCAGAACGAGUUGCUAAAGGCGCUGCGCCACCCGAGCCGCCACGUGCGGCGCCUGACGCUGCUGUGCUUUGACGGCAUCUACGCUGACGGCGGGGGCGAGUUGGCAGCGCGGCUGAUGGCGGAGAUGUUGCCCGCUGUUGUGGAGCUCACGGAGGACCGUGACGAUGCGGUGGUGGAGCAGGCAAGAACACUGUGCAACAACCUCUCGGCGAUCACGGGACAAGACGUGCUGUACGCCAUGAGCGCGUAG